AUAAAUACUUGGGUGGAGCAAGCUUCUGUCACAAGCAAGCGACUCGCUCCCAUCACUUCUUCUUCCAUUUGCCUGUCUGUCCUCAAAUCUUCUCCUUCGAAAAAGAGCGCAAGAGAGGAACAAAACCCCGGCAUUUCCCCAAUUGAAACCCCCUCCCCAGCAGUCAUUACUCCGAACUGAUACCAAACUCGAACACAACAUGGCGCCAGUCGAAUUCCAAAGCAAGGCCCUGGUCGACUUCGACCAGAAGAGCUUGUUCAUUUCCGCCGCCGCAAUUGCGUUCAACCCGCUCUUCUGGAACAUCGUCGCGAGACAAGAGUACAAGAACAAAGUCCUAACCAAGCUCUUUGGCGGACGGUCGCAGGCUGCCUGCUACGGCCUGGCGGUUACUAUCUUCUCCCUCGGCAUCUUCCGUGACCUGCUUUACGAACGGGCUCUUCGCUUCCAACCCACGCACCCUCUGCUCUCGUCCGAUGCGGUGACCUAUGUGGGAUAUGCCCUUGUCGCCUGUGGCAACAUUCUCGUUCUCUCCUCAACGUGGCAGCUGGGUAUUACCGGCACGUUCCUCGGUGACUAUUUCGGCAUCCUCAUGGACGGCAUUGUGACUGGUUUCCCCUUCAACAUCACCGAUGCCCCGAUGUACAACGGUUCCACAAUGAGUUUCCUCGGUGCCGCUCUCAUCUACGGCAACCCUGCCGGCAUCUUGCUGACUGCCUGGGUCUUCAUUGUCUACCAGGUCGCCCUGAGCUUCGAGAACCCUUUCACUGCUGGCAUCUACGCCAAGAGAGACCGCGAGCGCGCUGCCGGCAAGGACACCAAGAAGGUCAGGUAAAGGUGAUAAGAGGCCCAGCUUCAACAGCACCAUGAUUCUCCAAAAUUCCGUCCGAGUCGGGGCCGCAGCGCAAGACCGGACGACAGGGGGGUGUACGGAGCCAUGCAUGCACGGUCCCGCCGGGGGAGAAAGAACCGAGAUGCGGUCCUCCGGUAAAAACCGGUCAGCCCGGUGAGCUGGCCCGC